AUGUCCCAAACUGUCAUCCUUCCGGAUAGAGCGCAACCAUUAGCAAACUAUCCGCAUGCUCGUAAGGUUGGAGGUUUUAUUUUUGUUUCCGGAGUUUCUUCGAGGAGGUCAGACAAUUCAUACGAAGGGGUAAAGGAGCUACCGACUGGAGCGUUUGAACUAGAUAUUCGCGAACAAACUAGAGCUGUAAUUGAGAACAUUGAUACAAUCCUUAAAGCAUCCGGGGCGUCGUUGGAGAAUGUGGUAGACUUAACAGUAUUUUUAAUAGACAUGAAAGAUUAUUCUGGUUUUAACGAGGUUUACAAUAAAUAUUUUGAUGCGAAAACUGGGCCUGCAAGAACGACUGUGGCCGUUAAGGAACUUCCCUCGCCAAAAUUGUUAAUUGAGAUUAAAGCAACAGCUUGGGCAAAUAAACUUAUCUCCCUCUCUUUUAACAUCCCUUUCGUCAUGUCAAAGGAAUUCAAAGUUCUCUACUUUGCAUCAGCUCGUGAUGCUACCAAUGCUUCAUCAGAAACAAUUCCUUUUCCGACUACAAAUUUGUCUUUAUCGCUUCAAGAUUUAACAACUUUGUUGAAAGCUCGACAUGAAAAACUUGGUCCAAUACUUGAUAACUCCAUGUAUGCGAUUAAUAUGCAAUAUGUUGAAAAGAAUGAUACUUCUAUCACUGUUAAACCUGACGAUGAAGUUGCUAUAAUUCCACCCGUCUCGGGAGGUUAA